AUGCAGCAGGCGCCCCCAGAUCCGGGCGUCUCGCCGCCAGCCGAGCCAGCCAUGGCGCCGGCGGCAGCCGACCCGCCGCGCCCAGCGACCGCACCAGGCGAGCCCCCACCGGCAGAGGCGCCACCAGUGCAGGAGGAGCCAGAUGUGGCCGCCCUGCCCCCAGACCACCCGCUGCUGCGCCGCGCCCAGGAGGCGCUGCACCGCCAGCUAUCGGAGCAGAAGCUGCGGCUCCAGGAGGAGCUGCGGGAGCGCAGGAAGGCGCUCAAGGAUGCCAAGCAGCGGCGGGAGGAUGUGGGUGUGGAGCUCUACGGCUUCCAGCAGCACCUGGCCAAGCUGCAGCUGUCACUGGAGGCGGCGGGCGACCAGCACGGCACCGCGGCGGCGGCACGCGCCGAGGCAGACGCCCUGCGCGACGCCCUGCGCGCCCAGGUGGCAGAGGAGGAGGCCACGGCUGCGGCGCGCAAGGCCCAAGUGGGGGCGCUGCAGCGGGAGCUGGAUCGGCUGGCAGCCAGCCUGCGUGCCAUCCAGGCGCACAAUGAUGCCGUGGCGAGCGAGGUGGCGGCGGCCAAACGUGCCACGUAUGCCACAGAGGGCGCGGUGCAGGCUCUGGAGGCCCAAAAGCGGGAACAGGACUUUCUGAUAGACUCCAUGCAGCACCAGCUGCGGCGGCUGGGCCGCCAGGCCGCGCUGGCCGGCGAGGCGCUGGGCGUGCAGCGCGGCGAGACGGCUGCUGCACGCCAGUUCACGGCGCAGGCGCUGGCCGACAUGGAGGAGGUGGCGUUUGAGAAGAAGCAGCUGUUGGGGCAGUGGCGGGCCAGCCUGGUGGCUAUGAAGAAGCGGGACGCUUCCCUAGAGACUCUCCAGGACUCUCUGCGGCAGCAGCAGGAGCAGCAGGCGUCGGCGGCCAACGAGGCGGAGGGGUACCGCCGCCAGCUGGCGCAGCAGCGGCAGCGCAACGAGCAGGCGGGCGAAGUGGUGGCACGGCUGGCCGCGCAGGCGGAGCGGCUGGCAGCGCAGGUGGAGCGUGUGCGGCGGCGGCACGCAGAGCUGCAGGAGAGCCACGUCAGCCUGCAGCAGCAGCUGGCGGAGCGGCAGCAUGCCCUCGAGGCGGCAGCAGCAGAGGCCGCCAAGCUAGCUGCCCAAAAGGCGGCGCUGGAGCGGCAGCAGGCCAAGCUGGGGCAGGAGGCGGCUGCGGCCGAGCAGGCUGCGCUUGAGCGGCUGGGGGAGCAGACGUUUGCCGAGAAGGGGGCGGCGGCUGUGCUGCGGGACAUCCAGGCGGCCCGGGCGGCGGUGCAGGAGAAGGAGGCGGCUGCCGAGCAGCUGCGCGGCGUGCUGGAGCGGCUGGAGCGCGAGACAGCAGGCACCCAGGCCAGCAGCGAGCGCGUGGCGGCGGUGCUGGCAGGCCUGGAGGGCGUGCUGGCGGACAAGGCGGCGGGUGUGGCGGCGCUCGAGGCGGAGAUGGCGGCGGGGCAUGCCGACGUGGAGGGCAAGACGCGGCAGCUGGAGGCGCUGAACCGCCGCUACCAGCGCCAGGUGGACAACGCCAAGGAUGUGGAGACGGGUCCGCUGGAGGCCACGAUUGCCAACCUGCAGCGCGAGAUAGCGGCCAAGGAGGAGGCGGGCCGCGACCUGCAGCGGCGCUGGAUCGCGGUGCAGGGGCAGCUGGUGGCGGCGCAGGCCGACAACGCGGAGCUGGCAGAGGCGGUGGCGGGCAUGCGGGCGCAGCAGGCGGUGAUGCAGCAGAAGCGGGCGCGCUUGGACGCACAGCUGGAGGCGCAGCAGCGCGAGGCUCGUGAUCUGUCCAAGGCCCUGGCCGCCCUGCGCUCCGAGACGGGGCGCCUCAACGGGCUGCUGGCGGCGGCGGCGGGGCAGCGCAGCGCUCUGCACGAGGACAAUGUGGUGCUGGAGGGGAAGCUGGGCGGGGAGCUCAAGGCGCUGGAGGGGCGCUGGGUGGCCCUCAACGCGUCGGUGGAGGAGCUGCGGGGCGAGCGCGCCGAGGCGCUGGCGGCGGUGGUGGAGGCGGAGCGGGAGGUGAUGGUGUGGGAGCGGCGGGUGCAGCUGGAGAAGGAGAUGAGGGAGGCGGUGGACCCGGCCUACGGCAACGAGCAGCUGGCGGCGGCGCGCAAGGAGGUGGCGCGCCUGUCGCACGCCGCCGCGGCGCUGGCCCGGUCGCGGCAGGCGCUGGUGGGGGAGCUGGCGGUGGAGAAGCGGGAGGCGAUUGGCACCAAGGCCCGCGUGUCACAGAGCCAGAAGAUCAGGGACAUGACGGCGGCGCAGGCGCGGCGGCAGGCGGAUGACCUGGCGCGGGCGGCGGCGCGGGCGGAGCGCGAGGCGCGCGCCGCGCAGGGCCGGCUGGAGGAGCUGGGGUUGGGGUUUGAGGCGGUGCAGGCGGCGGCGGAGGCUGCCGGGCAGCAGUGCCGGGCGCUGCAGGAGCAGCAGGCGGGGGUGCAGGUGGAGUUGGAGGUGCUGGGCAGGGAGAGGCACAAGGCGCUGGUGGCCACCUCACUGAAGCAGCGGGAGGCGAAGCGGUACGAGGAGGCGCUGGCGGGGCGGUACAAGCCUGCGCUGCCGGCGGCGGCCUCCCAGGGCGAGGAGGCGGCAGCGGCGGCUCUUGCUGCGGAGAUGGAGCGUGCGCAGCGCAAGCAGGAGCUGCUGCGUGCGGCGGUGGAGGGGCUGGCGGCCGCAGAGGCGGCGGCGGGGCCUCAGCUGGAGCGAGCGCUAGCCCAUGUGGCUGCGCUGUCGGACUGA